GGCCAGGAUCCCCCAGACUCCCGGGCGCCCUGUUCUAGGCUGGAUGGCUGAGCCAGCGGCGCUAGGACCCCCAGGCUGAGCCUCGGGGAAGGGAGUCAGGGGGGCAAUACCUUACGUGGUCACCCUGUGAGCCUGCUGCCCAAAAUAGCCCCCGGCGCUGGCUGGCCUGCCUCAUGGCCGGGAGAUGGCUGCUGUCUCCGACCCUGUGGAACUGGGUGCGCCCUGGGGACCCGUGCGCUCCGAGCCCCCUCCCACCCGCUUCCACCCAGUGCACGGUGCCAACAUCCGCGUGGACCCCUCGGGGACGCGGGCCACUCGCGUGGAGAGCUUCGCCCACGGCGUGUGCUUCAGUCGCGAGCCGCUGGCCCCCGGCCAGGUAUUCCUGGUGGAGAUCGAGGAGAAAGAGCUGGGUUGGUGCGGGCACCUGCGUCUCGGCCUAACGGCUCUGGACCCCGCCAGUCUGACCAUCGUGCCCGAGUUUUCGCUGCCCGACUUGGUCAGCCUCGGCCACACCUGGGUCUUCGCCAUCACGCGUCAUCACAACCGUGUGCCCAGGGAAGGCCGCCCGGAGGCGGAGGCAGCGGCCCCCAGCCGACCUCCAGCCCUUCUGAUGGAACCGUAUUUGUGCAUUGAGCAGUAUCGCAUUCCCCGCGACCGCCUGGUGGGCCGCAGCCGGCCCGGGCUGUACAGCCACCUCUUGGACCAGCUCUAUGAACUGAACGUGCUGCCUCCGACCGCGCGCCGUAGCCGUCUGGGCGUUCUCUUCUGCCCGCGUCCAGACGGCACGGCUGACAUGCACAUUGUCAUCAACGGCGAGGACAUGGGCCCCAGCGCCCGGGGGCUACCAGCCACCCAGCCCCUCUACGCAGUGGUGGACGUCUUUGCCUCCACCAAGAGCGUGCGUCUGGUCCAGCUCGAGUACGGUUCUUUCUUUUCACAGUGCCAUCCCUGCAGACUCUGUGCCGCCUGGUGAUCCAGAGGAGCGUGGUGCACCGGUUGGCCAUUGAUGGGCUCCACCUGCCCAAAGGACUUAAGGAUUUCUGCAAGUAUGAGUGAAGGCCUGCAGCCACCCUGAAACAGGGCCAUGAGAAUGCUUCCUGGCCCUAGCACUGUGGCUGGUCUGAAGCUGGCCAUACUGCUACCAGCCAGGAUGGAAAUAAACACAGCCGAUGCUGACACUGA